UUGUUGUUAUUUUCUCUUUUUUUGAGUGAUCGAGUCAUCGAGUGUUUUCACUUUUCAUAUUCAUAUCUUUCUAUUGCAUUAGUCAUAGGUUGAAUUCUGUUAUAUUUUAAUUACAUGAUGACUUUUUGAUUGUUACCUAAUUGUGCAUUUAUAGCAAGAAUAAAAAUCAGUAUGCCAGCGUAUCAUUCAACCAUCAAUGACUACGAACAAGUAGUCGGUAACAUAGCCGUACUACCGUUGAAAACCAAAUAUAGAGGUCCAGCUCCUAUAGCUACUGAUGAUGAAGCAAUGGACAUCAUCGAUGAAGCACUGUAUUAUUUUAAAUCAAACGUGUUCUUUCGUACAUACGAAAUAAAAAACGAAGCCGAUCGUGUAUUAAUCUAUAUCACAUUAUUCAUUACCGAGUGCUUGAAAAAACUUCAAAAAUGUGCUACUAAAACUCAAGCUCUUCAAGAAAUGCAUACUUUGGGUAUUUCAAAAUUCGACAUUCCAGGUGAAUUAGGAUUUCCUUUGAAUUCGGUUUAUGCUAGACCAGCCAAUGCUUCCGAAGCAGAUUUCAUGAGACAGUACUUGCAACAAAUAAGACAAGAGACUUGUUUGCGUGUGGCUAACAAGGUUUUUCCCGCCAAUGAUGCGAAACCUUCCAAAUGGUGGCUAUGCUUCGCUAAAAAGAAGUUCAUGGAUAAAUCUUUAUCGGCUCCCGGUCAAUAAUCGCUAUAUUCAUUAUCUUAAAAUAAUCCUGUAUUUAUGUUGUUUAUCGUGCUUAUUUAUUCGUUUUUAAAGUUUUUUAUCCGAUUAAAAUAUUUCGUAACCGUU